AGGCAUGAAGGAGGUUCUCAUCUGUUGGGCACUCCUAUGCGGUGCAGCAGCCAAAACAUUGUUUUUGAAUUUGGGUGAUAAAUGCCAGGACGGGAAGGAACCAUGGUUUUGCCGGUAUUCUAGUUCCUGUAAAGCACUGCAGCAAGAAGAAACGAAAAACUCACUAGAUAUAUGCAGUUUUGAGGGUCUGAAAACGAUAGUCUGCUGUCCACCUGAUCCUCCCAACCAAAAUGGCACAUCAAGUAAUUCCCAAUCUGGCGAUUACAAGUCGGAGGUCUUGAAUAAUGGUACUGAACUUCCAUCCUAUGGAAAGAAAGCUGAAGAAAAGUGCAAAGAAUAUGCAGAAUAUGUUUACAACAUCAUUGAACUACCCAUCCUAAUCAGGCCCAUUAAGAAGAAAAUAGCUGAAUGUGCAGUCUCAGCAGAAACCCUCAUAGUUGGUGGCAAACCGGCAAAACCCAACGAGUUUCCUCACAUGGCACUGAUUGGAAUUAAGGAUAGUGAUUCGGAGAUUGAUUGGUUCUGUGGUGGCAGUUUGAUCAGCCCAAGGUUUAUACUGACUGCUGCUCAUUGUAAUAUUUCACAGCAUAUAGAAUCAGCUGUCAUCAGGCUAGGAGAACUAGAUGUACGAAAUGACAAAGACGAAGCGACACCGAUAGAGUUUAAGGUUGUUGAAGUAUUCGACUAUCCUGAUUACAAUCACUCUAAAGCCUAUCACGACAUAUCUUUGUUGAAGCUGGAAAAGGAUGUGGAGCUGGGACCAAGUAUUCGACCACUGUGCUUGCAUACAAACAGAUCUAUCGAACGUAACAAAGCAAUUGCCUCUGGAUGGGGACAUACUUCCUUUGGAGGAUAUGAAAGCGGCAUUCUUCAAAAAGUUGAACUGGACCUGAUAAGUGAAGAGAAAUGCAAGAGUGUGUAUGAUUUUGAACGUGUUGCUCUUUCGCAAGGCAUUACACCUGAUACUAUUUUCUGUGCUGGUGGGAAGGAAGACAAAGAUACCUGUCAGGGAGAUUCUGGAGGACCAUUGCAGAUUAUUCUUAAAGAACCAUAUUGCAUGUACUCACAGAUUGGAGUUACUGCAUUUGGAGUUGGAUGUGGUUAUGGUACUCCUGGUGGAUAUACUAGAGUGUCUCACUAUGUACCUUGGAUUGAAAGCAUUGUUUGGCCAUAAUUGUUUUUUAUCUUUUUCACAUUUGUUACAAAUAUGUUUUUAAUCGAGAUGUGAUUGUUAGUUUUUUUUAAAAAUGUAUAAAAAUCUGUUGAUCA